AUCGCGAGAGCAUGAGGAGGAAGCUUUGACCACGUGUGUUUGUAUAGCAUGUUAGGAAAUGCAUUUAGUCCCCUUUAAUGCAAUGACAGUACUACGUCCAUGGCGGGACAUCUGAAGAAGCAGUUAAAAGAUGCAGUGAAGAUCAUCGGCUCAGGUAGCCUUCUCUUUGCUUCCUACCUCACUGUGGGUGGAGAUGAACAUUUCUAUGCCAACCAGCUGAUGCCCCUGCUGCAAAGGAUUGUGGGGGCAGAGACAGCGCGUGAGAUGAUAGGUCGGGUUCUGGUUCCUCUGAACCUCUACCAGGACCCUGCAUCUUUGGAAGUGAGCAUCCUGGGAUUAAAGUUCAAAAACCCUAUUGGAAUUGCGGCAGGCUUUGACAAGCAUGGGGAGGCUGUAGAUGGCUUGUACAAAAUGGGUUUCGGCUUCGUUGAAGUAGGGACAAUCACUCCCAAACCUCAGGAGGGGAACCCCAAGCCUCGAGUGUUUCGACUCAUUACAGAUCAUGCAAUUAUUAAUAGAUAUGGAUUCAACAGCUGUGGUUUGGCAGACGCACAGCAGCGCCUGAAGGCCAGAGAAGAAACACAGCAAGAGCUAAGGAAAGCUGGCCUUCCCCUGGGCAUCAACCUGGGGAAGAACAAGCUGUCCCAGAAUGCAAAGGCAGAUUACUUGGAGGGGGUGAGAGUGCUGGGCCCCCUGGCAGACUACCUGGUGGUCAACGUCAGCAGUCCUAAUACACCGGGUCUCAGGGAUCUGCAGGGGAAGGCUGAGCUCCGCCAGCUCCUACAUGCAGUGCUGAAGCAGCGUGAUGCCCUGCAGGGAGAGCACAAACCUCCAGUCCUGGUGAAGAUUGCUCCCGACCUCACUGCUCAGGACAAGCAAGACAUUGCUGAUGUUGUCACUGAGCUGGGAGUGGAUGGUUUAAUGGUGUCUAACACCACAGUAUCCAGACCUGAGACACUUCAGGAUCCACACAAGUCUGAGGUUGGUGGGCUAAGUGGCCAGCCUCUCAAAGAACUCUCCACCAACACUGUCAGGGAGAUGUACAACCUCACUAAAGGUAAAGUUCCAAUUGUUGGAAUUGGCGGCGUGGCCAAUGGGCAGGAUGCUAUGGAUAAGAUCCGUGCUGGUGCUUCACUGGUUCAGCUGUACACGGCUUUGACCUAUCAGGGUCCACCUGUUGUGACCAAGAUAAAGCUGGAAUUAGAACAGCUUCUUAAAGAGCAAGGUUUCAGCAGCGUGUCUGAGGCAGUUGGAGCAGAUCACAGGGCCGACUCACAAGCAGAGCCUGCUGGAAAAGAUUCAUCUUGGCACCCAGAUGAAGGUCCUGACCCCCAGGGUGAGAACCCUGGUGACCUGUCAGCAAUUUUUGGAUUGAUAUCAGGUGACGUUCAGCAGAUUGUUCAUCGUUGCUGUCUGACAGGUCCAGCCUUUAAUAUGGUCGAACCAGGAGCCAAAGUGCACUGUGACAAAGGUGAUUAGGAUAUCUGUGUCCUGAAACUGAAAUUUGAGCGCAAGUUGCAAGGAAUCCUGGGUGUGCAGGUGUCCAGGAAAUGAAAUACC